CGAGACAGUGAGUCUAGUCCUGAGAGACGGAUCGCCGCGAUGGGACCGUGCUUGAGCUCCUCGAGAGGGGCUCACGGCGACAGCGAUGAAUCAUCAUCUCGGAAAUCCCAGGACCCACAUGAUACCGCGAUUAGGAGCGACGACGGUGUGCGUAAAAGACCCUCAUCGGACGCGGCGAUGAUGAUGGCCGCGCAGCAGACGCACCAGCCUGAGUUGAGCAAGCCCCAAAAAGACGUCGGUGACGCCCGCUCACGCGAGCUGACCGAGGCGAACGUGGCCGCGGUAUCCGAAGGAAACGUGUCGGGCACAACGGCGAGAUCACAUCAGAAUGCCACGACGACGACCAAAGCGGGGUUGGCGCGGGACUUGGAGAGGUCGAGCAACGCUGACAGGUCCGAAGAUGCGGCGUCUGACGUUUCCGAGACGAGCUCGUCCUCGCGGCGGGACAUGCCGACGAUUACCACGGAUAAAGUAACGAGAUACUCCGUCAGGGUGGGGGAGAUGGAAUACAGCCAAUUUAACCAGUACAUCAUCGUGAAAGACCUCGGCGUUGGCGUGCACGCGAAGGUGGCGCUCGGCUUGCACAUCCAGGAAAAUUUGCUCUACGCGAUCAAAGUCUCUCACCGGAACGCCGCAGUCGCAGAGACCGCGGUGCGAAAGGAGAUCGCGAUCCUCAAGAAAUUAAAUCAUAAGAACGUGUUGAAGCUGUACGAGGUGAUUGACGACCAGAAGACCAACGAGCUGCUGCUCGUUCUCGAGUACGCGAGCUCUGGGCCGAUUUUCACGAGGUACGACAAAAGGCCACUGCGAGAACCGUUAAUUCACAGAUACAUUCGCGACGUCCUUCAGGGUCUUGAUUACCUACAUCACGCGGCUGGUAUCGCGCACAUGGAUCUUAAACCCGAAAACCUGCUCUUGAUGGCUGAUGGUUCUGUUAAAAUUGCAGACUUUGGGGUUUCUUUCAUCGGUCAGAGUAAGGCGGUCAACUCGAAUAAAAAAAUCGUCGGCACGCCUGCGUUCAUCGCUCCCGAGAUGCUCGGCGAGGACGGCUACGACCCGUACAUCGCAGACAUCUGGUCACUUGGCGUCUGCAUAUUUCACAUGGCGACCGCUGAGUUGCCCUUCAUCGGUCGAACCAUUUUCCAGAUAGUCGCCAUGGCCCAGAGGCAAGGGUUACGCUUCCCGCCAGAAGCCGUCGUGCUCUCGCCCGAGUUGAAAAAUCUUUUGACGGUGAUACUCGUCGUCGAUCCCACGAAGCGAGCGACACUGUCACGGAUUAUGACGCACCCUUGGGUGACCGCGAGGGGGGAGCAACCCUUGCCUCCUUCUUUAGCGGAUCAGCCUCUUCAGAUCGACGUCACGGAGGAAGAAAUCGCAGCUGCGGUUCGUGCAGACCCUCUUGCAACUUUGCUU